AUGGCGCGUGUGUGUUUGUGGCUGCUGUGUGUCCUGAGCGUCUGGGUAGGCGAGGGUGACCGUGCCCAGCCAGAUCGCCAAUAUCAUCGUUCCAACCAAGACUCAGAUCUGUGCACAGUGGACCGGCAGCUUUGCGAAGACGAAAACGCUCUGUUGAGUUUUGAGGCCAUCCGCAGCAUUCAUGGACUGAUGGACGACGACGCAGACGGCACGGUGGACGCGGCAGAGACGGACGAGUUCCUGCGGGAGGAUCUCAAAUGUCAUGACCCGAAAGCCAAGCACAACAGUUUCCAUCGCGCGGACCUGCACAUUAGCGUGGGUGACAUGUGGGACACCUGGAAGAAAUCAGAAGUGUAUAACUGGACAGAUGAGCAGUUGGAAGAGUGGCUACAGCUGAGCGUGGAACUCCCCCAAUACGCCGAAAGCUUCCGGAAACACGGGCUGGAUGGCAAGGCGUUACCAAGGCUGGCAGUGAAAAACGCUACCUUGACUGGGACACUUUUGAAAAUUUCAGAGCGUAGUCACGCUCAAAAGCUGCAAUUAAAGGCUUUGGAUACUGUACUCUUUGGACCCCCGCCAGUCCGACAGAACCGCUGGAAGGACCUUGUUCUGGGCGUGUCUGUUCUGGCCGCGCUGGGCGGCUGCUGGUUUGCGUACGUCCAGACGAGGAGGUCAAGGGAUGACCUGAGCAAGCUGAUGAAGGACCUGGAGGGACUUCAGAGGGCCGAGCAAAGCCUGCUGGACAUGCAGGAGAAGCUGCAAAAGGCCCAAGAGGAUCAACGCUCCGUUCAGGUGGAGAAAGUGAAGGUGGAGGAGGAGCUGAGGAAUGAGAUCAGUUCCGCCAAGCAGGAAGCUCAGCGGCUCCAGGAGCUCCGUGAAGGUGCAGAAAACGAGAGGAGUCGCCAGAAGUACGCCGAGGAGGAACUAGAGCAGGUGAGGACGGCACUGAAAAAGGCAGAGAGAGAGCUGGAGUCACGGGCUCGCUGGUCGCCGCCGGACACGCUGCAAACGUGGCUCCAGCUGACGCACGAGAUAGAAGUUCAGUACUACAACGUCAAGAAGCAGAGCGCCGAGAGGCAGCUCCUGCAAGCCAGAGAAGGAGCCGAGAAGAUCAAGAAAAAGAGGAGUUCUCUCUUUGGGACGUUUCACGUGGCUCACAGUUCCUCGUUAGAUGAUGUGGACCACAAGAUCCUCUCUGCCAAACAGGCCCUGGCCGACGUGACGGCCGCGCUCCGCGAGAAGCUGCACCGCUGGCAGAACAUCGAGUCACUGACGGGUUUCUGUCUGGUCACCAACCCGGGUCUGGGUGCGCUGGCCGCCGCCCUCAAUUUGGACCCAUCCUUCCUGGGUCUGCGACCGGCGACCCCGCAGCACCUGCUAUUGUCCGACGACCUGGACGAUAUGGACGAGGACAUCCUAUCACCCGGGACGCUGAAAUAUGCUGCCUGGCAGAUGGACCGACGAGUGAGUGACCUCUGGCCACUGGGUAGCAUCGCAGACAACCAUUCACCAUGGAAACUCUCUGCUCAGAAUCUGAUACCCCUGCAGCAAAGGAUGGGAGAUUCCACCAUGAUGUUCAGCUCUCAGAGGGACAUUAUGGAUCGCUCCGACUCUGAUUCGCCUCUUCCGUUUUACCACGGCGACUCGCAAAGCCCGUACGGCUCGCAGGCGAGGCCCCCGCAGGGUUGGAGCCCCGGGAUUGAAAGAGGAGUAGGAGGAAGCAUGGGGAAGAGCUCCAGCCUCGGGGAGCUGAGGGGACCCUCCUCCGCCAUCCUGGCCUCCUCCUGCUCCACUCGCUCGCUGUGCUUCACGGCCGAUACCGCCGACAGCCCCGUCCUCUACUCGGCCUUCCCCACGCACCCGAGGCGGAGCCCCGUAGAAGAGGGACGUGAGGAGGGCGAGGCUUCGGGGGGCGGCCGUCGCAGAAACGCCUUCAAUAAGAUUUUCAAGAAAAAGAAGUGA